AGAUUAUGUUUGGUUUCCAGAAAACUGCGGCUCGGUGAAGAGUACUGGAUUCCCAAAUUCUGUAAACAAAAAGGAAAUGAGUUCUUUUGUGAGGUUGAUGAGGACUUCAUUAACGAUGAAUUUAAUCUACAUGGACUAAGACAACGAGUUUGGCACUUCCAAUGUGCUCUAGACAUCAUUUUGGACUUGGAUUGUAUACGCGAUUCAAUGAUGGAUGAUUCAGACCUCUCAAACGAUUCUGAAGCAGAGAAUGUUGUGGAAGAAGCAGCGGAGUUGUUGUAUGGCUUAAUACAUGCCAGGUACAUUCUGACUGACAGAGGAAUCAGGAAAAUGAUAGACAAAUGGCAGGAUGGCGUGUUUGGCACCUGUCCACUUGUGAGCUGUGAGAGACAAUUUGUGCUUCCAAUAGGAAUUUCUGAGCACAUUGAAAAAGAAACUGUAAAAGUGUACUGUCCAAAAUGUGAAGAUGUGUAUCAUAUACGAUCCCGACGCCAUCGCUUCACAGAUGGUGCUUUUUUUGAACCAAACUUCCCUCAAAUGUUGUUUAUGGCUUACCCAGAAUACAGACCUGAACGUCCAUCCAAUCAAUUGAUCCCAAGGUUUAUUACUCUUCAUGGUAAAAGUAUGAAGUAGCUGCAGAUAUUGAAAUGAAAAAACAGAAAUAGCCGUCUUAAUAAGGAAAUCCCGAAGAGGAAAUUCUGUAGGAAUGGGCAGCAAAACACAGGAAAGAUUUAAGAUCAAAAGAAAAGAAGUUCUUAAGAGGUGGAGAAUGGAAAGGGCAAAAGAGGAAGCUUCAUAGAAGUGGAAAACUGAGAACAUUGAUCAGUGGCUCUAAGAUGGAGCAAAGAUGCAUCUCACAUUCACCAUAUAGAAUUAUCAAGUCAGAAUUUAGUUUUCAACUCAUCUGAGCUGAAAGUUAAACUGAGAUUUUUUGAUUACCCCUUGUCUGGGGUUGGGAUAGGGUCAUUCGUGUUUCACAAACAUGUAGUUUUAGCUCUACUGGUCAGAGACCAGAAGUGUUUAUGUGAUAGUAAGGUGUCUUUCUUCCGUCAGUCCAGCUGUCUGUCUGUCUGUGAACAAUUUUUCAAAAUGCUAUUACAUGUACUCCCAGUUUUGGUUUGAUUUCAAUAUAACCUGGCAUAGAAGUAGACUGUACUGUCAAAGGUUCAUUAUUUAGUGCAUUGCUUUUUUUUGUUUUUGAUGAACAAUGUUGCCAUAGUUACUAAAAAUAGUAAUUUCUGUAAAAUUUCAAUAAAAUGCUACUCCUACAGUUUGGGUCUUAUUUCAAUAUAAUUUUACAUGCAAGUAGAUUACUCUAAGAUAUAUAAUUUAAUGAAUUGGUUUUUUUUAUAUCGAUGAAAGAGUGGUGUUGCCAUGGCUACUAAAAAUAAAAGUUUCUGUGAAAUACUUUUAAAAUGCUUCUCCUCCUACAGUUUUGAUCUGAUUUCAAUAAAACUUGGCAUACAAGUAGACAACACUAAGGUACAUAAUUUAAUGCAUCAGUUUUUGAUUUGUUUUAACCUUAUUGCCAUGAUAACUAAGAAUAGAAAUUUCUCUUGAAAUCUUUUGAAACGCUACUCCACCCACAAUUAUUUUCCGAUUUCACUGUAACUUAAUGGCAUACAAGUCGACUUUAUGAAGGUUCAUUAUUUAGUGCAUUGGUUUUUUUGUUUUCAGUAAAUGGUGUUACCAUGGUUACUAAAAAUAGGAAUUUCUUAGAAAUACUUUCAAAACACUCCUCCUCCUACAGUUUUGGUUUGACAUCAAUAUAAAUUGGCAUAUGAGUAGACUACAUUAAGGUGCAUAAUUCUAUUUAAUGCUGCCUUUUCUUUUGUAGACCAGUAAAGCUACAGACUCAUCAGAGAUUUCAUGUUUAUGUUCACUGUUCUAUCUUUUAUUUGAACAGAAUAUAGUAAUACUGUGAAUCACUCUUUAUUCUCGAGAACUUUAUUUUCGAGUAAUUACGCGACACAGUGUGCUCGCGAAAAUUUAAUUCUGGCGUAUAAUAGCAUUUCUUAAGAUUAUAUAGAGCAAUAACAACAAUUCGUGAAAAAUUUUUCUCGCUAAUCAAGAGUCAAUGACUAUCUCGUGAAAAUAAGGUGUUGCGAAAAUUGAGUGAUCUACAGUAUGAAAAAAAUAUUAUAGUCUUCAGUCUUUUUUCGUGUAGUACAGUUUAGCGGGUUAUUUUAGUGGGGUGCUAAUUAUAGCGUCUUGAUGGUAGCCAGCUAAAAUUGUAAUUGCUAAAAUAGUCAGUACUCUUCUUAGUGUUCAUCUGCAAACAGCUGAAACUCUGUGUCCAUUAAAAUAAAUUAUGCCAAAAUUAAUGGCUUAUCUUUGAGCAGGCAAACGCCAAAUUUUUAACCCACCAAGAAAACCCGCUAUACGGUAUAUAGUGUAUGUAUUUCAUAUUUAGCAAUAAUUAAAUGCAUAG